GGUGAUUAAAUGUUGAUUACUGAUGAUUUAUUAUUGGAUCCUGAUCGUGUCUGAAUGUAGCUCCAUAAUGAGCUAGCUGGAAGAAAGUUAAUAAUAAAAUACUAGUUAAAUAAGAAGUAGUUGGUGGAUGUGAGCAUGCGCGGCGUGUGACCAGUCCUGUGACUGGUGGGAUGUUCGGUUCUUUUCUGAGAGUCUGAUAUUUUAGCCCAACUCAGUAAAUACACCUGGUUUUGAGCUGAUGAGCCUCUUUGCAUUCAGCGUUUUUAUGAGAAGCCUAAAAAACUUUUAAAAGUGCAGCUGGACUUGUUGAGUUUAGAAAAGACGGGCGGUUUGUCCUCUGUCCCUGUGAAUGGUCGAGACCCAUCAUCAGUCAUAUGUGUCAAUGGGGUCGAAGCUUAUUGGGAACAGAAGGCCUCAGCGGCUUCCUCUGUCCCCGUGAGGAUGAGGAGGAUGCUGCAGCAGGUGGCGGUAGUCGGAGCCGGAGCCGCCGGACUCUGUGCAGCCCGACACAUCCUGUCCCGUCCGACCCGCUUCGCCCCCCCCGUGGUUUACGAGCUCAGCGACGAGGUCGGAGGAACCUGGCGCUACGAAGAACGGGUCGGAGCCUCCGACACCGGGCGGCCGGUCCACAGCAGCAUGUACCGGGACCUCAGGACCAACCUGCCCAAGGAGGUGAUGAUGUUCCCUGAUUUCCCGUUCGACCCCCAUCUGAGCAGCUUCCUGCCCCAUCAGGAGGUCCAGAGGUACCUGGAGAGAUACUGCCAGAGCCACCACAUCCGGCCUCACAUCCGGUUCAACACCGUGGUGGAAACCGUGAAGCCUGUCGUCAUGACGACGGAGGGCGGCGAGGAGAAGACGACUUGGGAGGUGACGUCGUCUGAUUGGUCCGGCCGUCAGAAAACAGAGACCUUUGACUCGGUGUUGGUCUGCUCUGGGCACUACUCUGACCCUCACAUCCCCGACAUACCAGGAAUAGACAACUUUAAAGGAAACGUGCUCCACAGUCAUUCAUACCGGUAUCCAGAGCCGUUCUCAGGUCAGUCGGUGGUCGUUCUGGGAGCUAAUGCUUCAGGACUGGACAUCUCCAUGGAACUGGCUAAAGUUGGAGCUCAGGUGACUCUGAGUCAUCAUCAUCCUCGUUUCACGUUUCCUCUUCCUCCAGAGAUCCAGCAGUCCAGUCCAGUGGUGGCGGUGGAGGACGACGGCCGCCUUCGUCUCCAGGACGGCUCGGUGGUCCAGGCCGACGUCCUGAUGUUCUGCACCGGGUACAACUUCAAGUUUCCAUUCCUGGACGGAGCUCAGCUGUCUCUGGAGGUCCAGGACCAGACGGUGUCUCCUCUGUACCGCUUCAUGCUGCCUCCGGCCUUCCCCUCGCUCGUCUUCAUCGGCAUCUGCACCCUCAUCUGUCCCUUCCCCAACUUCAACUGCCAGGUCCAGUUCGCUCUGGCCGUGUUGGACGGUUCUGUCACUUUACCGCCUCGGGCUCAGAUGGAGGACGAGGUCCGAUGGCAGCUCCAGGAGAAACUGGAGAAGGGGGUGAAACAGCGCCACCUGCUGAAGUUGGAUCAGGACCAGUGGGAGUACUGCGACGCGCUAGCUCGCUCCGCUGGUUUCCCCCCGCUGCCUCCGGCCAUGCGCAGUCUGUAUGACGAGGUGUGGCGACAGCACGACAUUCACCCCGAAAACUACCGGAGGCUCAACUACAGACUGAUCAGUGACACCGAGUGGGAGCUGCUCAGUUAAAACACCAGAUGAACAAACAAGUCCUCGAAAGCGUCCGUUGUCGCAACAGACCAUGUUCGGUUUGGAGGUUUGAUUUAACUUCAUUAAAUCAGUUGCACAUGUGUUUAAAUUCACUCUAAUUGUUUUACUAAUGUUGAUGAAGCACUUUUAUGUAUCUAGAUCAGAUGACGUUUCAGCCAUCGGUCUUCAUGUGAUUAUCAGAAACAACACUAACCUACCUCGAUCAGUUCAGUCCUCAGUUUUUAUACAUUUUCUGAUGAAACACUUAAUCAGUGAAGGUUUAUGUUUUUUAGAACGAAUCCUUUACAUAAUUUUCCUAAAAUAAAUAAAUCUACUGAGAUCAAA